AAAUCUAGUCAAGUUGACUGCUGUUAAUGUUGGUUUCUCUUCUAGGUUUCCAUCUUCCAGUUUGAAAUGAACUUACAGUGAUUGCAUGCCCAUAAAAGCAUGGAACCUCUUAAAACUUCAUUGGUACCAGAAGAACAAUCUUCUACAGAGAUUGAUGAUCGUCAUUAUUCAUUACAAGCUGAGCAAGAGGAUAUUCAAAAAAGAACUUUCACAAGCUGGGUGAACUCGCAGCUAGAAAAGCAUCCAUCACCUUCUGUUAUCUUGGACUUGUAUUCAGACAUUGGGAAGGGACAUGUGCUUUUGGAUCUGCUGGAGGUCCUUUCCGGACAACAAUUGCCACGUGAAAAGGGAUCGAACACUUUCCAGCGCAGAAGCAACAUUGAAAAUGCCUUAACCUUCCUGAAGAAUAGAUCACUCAAACUUAUAAACAUCCAUGUUGCUGAUAUCAUAGAAGGAAAACCAUCCAUCGUGCUUGGUCUCAUAUGGAUCAUUAUAUUGCAUUUUCAUAUUGAAGAAUUAGCCAAGGCGCUUUCUUGUGGAUACAGCCAUUCAUCUGUGGACACUGUGGAUUUAUCACCAGCAACAAGCCCAACAGCUAGAACUAACGUCAAAGCAAAGGAACGAUGGAAGAUAUCAGCGAAGAAGGCUGUCCUGCUGUGGGCUAAGGAGCAGUGUGACAAGCAUGGGUCUAUCAGCGUUGCAGAUUUCAAAUCCAGUUGGAGAAAUGGAUUGGCUUUCUUAGCCAUCAUUCAUGCAUUAAGGCCAGGCUUGGUUGAUGUGGAGAAAGCAAAAGAGAGAUCAAACAAGGAGAAUCUGAGAGAGGCAUUUCAAAUAGCAGAGAAGGAACUCAGCAUACCCCGGCUACUUCAACCUGAAGAUGUUGACGUCACCAAUCCAGAUGAAAAAUCCAUCAUGACUUAUGUGGCUCAGUUUCUCCAGUAUUUUAAAAGUGUACCUGUGGCUGAAGAUAGAAUGCAGGGAAAAAUCAAAGAGACCUUGAGCUGGCUCAGUGCACAGGAAUGCAAGUUAACAAAGUUGCUGACUGAGCUAGAGAAUGCAUCCUUCUACAGGAAAUUUGAAGCAAUGCUAUCAUUUACAGAAGCAUUUAAUGAAGAAAAAAAAGCCUUCAUUCCCAUUCUGGAAUCUAAAAGAAAAGGGUCAGAGUUGAAUGAUGAUUACUUGGAGAUGAAGGAAGCAUGGGACAACCUAUCGCAUCAGAUGAAUGAAUGGAAAGCAAAGCUGGACAAUAUGUUACCUCCACCUCUGGAUGCCACGGAGGCUUGGCUGAAAGAAACAGAGCAGCAUCUGGCACACAAUCUACCCGUUUCUCAAGAUCCUUUGAAAGCAACAGCUGCCCUUGAAGAAAAAUUAAGAGCUGUACAGAAUUUGAUGGAAAGUUUUCAACAACAUUUGGAAACCCUUCAGUCCUUUGACAAUAGAGAUAAUGCUGGAAUGCUGGUAGUUCCACCUCAGAAGCUGGAAGAAAUGAGAAAAAGGUUCAGCAAAGUUCAACUUGAAAAUUUCAGCAUUAUUGUGGAAUACUACUGCUCAUCCAGCUCAGCUAUCUUCAAUGAACUGACAUCUAAGUUGAACAUCUGGAACAUCAAGUUUGGAACCAAGGAGACUGUGGAGUUAUUGCUAUUGGAUUGGCAUAAUUUUAUUGAAGAAAAAGGUUUUCUUGGUCAACUAGACACUGCAUUACAAGUAUGUGAAGCACAGAAGAAAAAAUGGAUAAAGGCUCCUAAUUUGGAAAUUGAUCCAGAAGAAACAGUCAAAUUGUUUAAGAUGAUAGAAGUUCAGAUUUCCAAAUGCAGAGAGUACAUUAACAGUGUGAAUGACACCUUAAAAAAAGUUUUAUCGUCUUGGGCCAACUAUACGGAGAACAUCCAGUUGCUAAAACUUUGGCUGGAAGAGACUCGAAAAGACCAUCUUAAGAAGAUCUCCCCAGAAACUUUGGCAGCCUGGAAUUCAUGGCAUGGUUCCUUGAAUGAAGCUGGAAACUUUUUGAUUGAAUCCAGCAAUGCAGAAGUGGGAUCAGCUGUUUCUGGAGAAUUGAAAAAAUUGAACAGAAAAUGGGCUAAGCUUAUAAAGAAGACAAAGUUUGAAAUGAAAAUGUUGAGGAUGCAAGAGGAAGAAAUGAUGUUGGUAACAGAUAACAAUGGAAAUGUUGAGACUUCUAAGAAAUUAAAUCCAGAUGUAUUUAAUAAUCCAGUGGAACCUUCAAAGGAGUGUCCUAAAGUGUGCUUUGAAAAGUCAGAGAUUGUUCCUAUUAGCCUUCAGACAGAUCCAUGUACACCAGAUGAGUUCUUUUCAGAAGACGAGGACAAGCUAAACUUUGAAAAAGCUCACAAGGAACUUGAAACAAUCGUUCUAAAAGCUGUGCAUCUUGUAGACCAAAAGACAAUUUCUGAAGAACCACAUUCAAAAUAUGAAGAGGCUUUUAGCAUCUUGGAUACUAACAUUCUUAGCAAGUUUUUGAAAGCAGCAAAACAACUGAAAAGCAUUUUAUCAGCUCAUGAAAAGGCACUGGUGGAGGAAAGGAGCAAAGAUGUUUGUGAGAGAUGGGAGGCUGCUCGCUGUGAAAUCAUGUCUUAUAUUCACCUGAAAUUGAAAAUUGAAAGGGAGAAGUUCAAUAAGACUUUUUCAAAUCUCAAUAAGCAGAUAAAUAAAGAGAAGAAACUGCUCAAUGCUGGGAAAACCAAAGGACUUAUUGAGGAGCACGAGGUACCAUAUAAAACUGGCUUUCUCUUUUGUUUCUCAGACAUUUUUAUUUAUUUUACAAGCCGCCGUGUAAUGAGUCAGAAUUACAAUUGUGGUUCUACGAUAUCUCAAUGCCACGAGAGAUUUCCUUUAACUCUGUUUCCUAACAUCAUUGUCACUGGGAGAGGCCAAGAACCCAAACUGGAAUUGUUGUGCUGAAAAACAGUGUAAAAUUGAGUGAUGUUGUAAUAUAAUGAUGCAAUGAUGUCUUUAGUAAGUUGGCUAGCUGCAUAAAACUGAAAUAAUUAUAACCUACUACUUCAGUAGAAUCAAUAUACCUGAGCUGAAAGUUUGCAUAAUCGGCCUGUCUAUAGUAAGUAAGGAUAUUUUUUAAAAUCCAAAAUGUUACCUGUGAGCUAAAUUACUGGUGAACAGUAACUGGGUAAGUAUUCUGAUCCUUUUAGUUCUUUCUCUACUAUUUGGCUGUCCAGUGCUUUGGAUCCCCCCCCCUAAAAAUGCCUUGGAGCAUGUCCCUUUUUUGAAGUGUGGCAGACAGAUAUUCUAUUUACUCCAAGGUGCUUUUCGAUAUUGAAUUUGAAGCAAUAUAUGGUCUGGUCAUUUAAUGGAACAAAGAGCUCAACUUCACAUCAACAGUGACAAUUGAAUAUCUUUUUUUCAUUGUUAAAAUGUUUUUAUUUUCCAUUUUCCA